UGUCCAGUCAAUCAAAUUGUCAACAACGCAUACAGAACACAAAACCUAAUGUCAAAGAAAAUAAAUUUCUAAAUUUUAAGUGUUCUAAACUUUGUUAAACCCAUAUUUUAUAAGUGUGAAAUCCCAUGUUCUCCCUUGCUUCCACCAGCAGCGUUUAAUCUCCACGAUGGCUGAAAAGUAAAACACCAGAUGCCACUCCAAGUGAGUCGUCAAGCAGUCCGAAGAAGGAAGAGCCUUCUACCGGGAACUGGUGGGACUCCUGGAUCACAUCGGCAAAGUCCAAGUCUGCAGAGGUGUACACGAUGGUGCGCAAGGACUUAGACGAGUUGGGGUGCGCGGUGCGGAGCGAGGCGACCCACGUGCUGAGCUCCACGUCCAGCGCCAUCGGGAAGACGCUCAAGCUGGACGAACCGGAGUCUCCAGCCAAUGUCAUGAAGAAAAGCUUUAGCACCUUUAUUGGUCAAGUGAGCACAGUACUGAACCCGGAGCCUGACGAUGAAGACGACACCGAGGUCAUCCUGUCCUCCGGGGACACCACCAUGCUCUCUACUUACAAGAAAGAGCUGGAGGCCCUGCAGCGCGUGGACGCCACGUUCAUCGUGCCGGCCGACAGCGCCGAGUUCGACGCCUGGAAGUCCAGCCUGGAGUCGGACGUGAUCAGUCCAUCUUCAGCGUCGCGCCGCCUCUCCCAGAGCCCGACAUUAGCGGCGCAGUAUGAGAAAUUGGUGCCUGAUGCAUGCACACAGGAACAGUUUUGGGAGAGGUAUCUAUUCCGCGUGGCACUAUUGCAAGACCGUCUGGCGGCGGCGGCGCGGCGGCGGGACGCUCCCAGCUCUGACCCCGUCAUGGCGCAUCUCCCACUGCAGUCGGAGACGCCCGUUAUUGACGAAAGCCCCAAAAUGACAAUAUCCCCCGAGGACACGGAGUCAUCCGAACUGGAGGAGCCGCUGACAGCCGAGAUCGACAACGCGGUGGCCUGGGAACAUGAGGACUUCGCACACGACGUCGAACUCACAGAGGAACAACAGAUACUACUGCUAGAGGAAUACGAGAAGGAAAUAGCCAGCAAAAAGCUAACCAAACAAACAAGCACAAAGGACAUAGCCAAUAACAACUCGAAAAACAAAACCACGAACACAAAGUCUGGCAACGCAAAAUCACAGAGCAGAGAUAAGCAAAACAACAAGGCCACAGAUAAGAAGAAGAAACAAAAUGCCGGCAAGAAAAGUAACGAUGACUGCGGGAACAAUUUGGUCGAGGAUUACUUCGGGGAUAAGGAUGUUCAAAAGGACGAUGCUAGCGCGAAUUCUGAUGAGAGUUGGGAGAAGGAAUUCGAAAUUGAGGACGUGGAAAAGAUUGAGAAGAAAGCAUGAUGGUUUUACUCACUGAUCCGGCCAUAGACUAAAGUAUUACAGGAUAUAUAAUAGUUAUAUAUACAAUAAUAUAUAUAGUUGGUAUCCGUAGCCUUGGACAAGACUUGCAGUCAAUUGUAAUAAUGCCUGGAGUGUAGAGAAUUGUUUGCUAAAGGUUUUUAUAAUUACUAAUUUAGCUUAUGAAUUGCUGUUCGUUUUAUAAUCAUGAUUUCGUUAUUGAAAAAGAUCUACGGUGUUCAGAAGUGCUUUGGGGUUGAUAGAAAUACUUACUAUAUUUGCAUAAUUAUGUUAAAUUACAUUUAUCAUUAUCACAAAUAAGAAUAAGUGCACGUUUUAAUUGUAAUAUUUUUGAGUAUUCGGUUUGAUAGAUUUUAUAUUAAUUUUUCCCAAUUGCAUUUACCUUACUUUCCUUGGCCUGUGUGUUCAUGUGUACUUUAAUAUACAUACCUACAUAUUUCUAAACUUUCCUAAUCUAAUACAUGCAAAGUACUCUUUGUAUAGACAGUUGACUAUUGUGACUAUGCAAAGAUAUUUUUACUAGAAUUUCAUUUUCCAUUCCAAAACAAAGUGUAAGUUAUAUUUACUUGCCUUAUAUUUACAAAUCCAUUGUUUCGAAGACCUACCUAAAUACCUUCUGCUACAUAAGUUAAUCUAAUCGAAGUUUAUCUAAUCGAAACAAAUCCUAUAGAAUUCUUUUUACGCCCACUGCACAAAAUUACCUUGUCUAAAAUCUAUUUUCAAAUUAUUUAAUUAAACUGUUUAUAAUUAAGUAUAUAAAAUCUUUAUGAUUAUACACCUAAAUACUACAAGCCCAUAGACAUAUUUACUUUUAAGUAGAAAAUAGAUUAUAUUUUAUUUAGCAUAUACAUUUUCUGGUGUAAAUUUUAUUAUGCCACAUUAUUUAGAAACUCUGUUGUUUAAAUGAAAUUUAAAUAUAAGUUAUCGAUAUUGAAUUUUACUACAUAUAAAAUAUCAAAAUAUACACACGUACAAAAACAUGAAUGAUAAUUAUGUGCAAAAUUCAGUAUUGACAAGAAAUAUGCGAAAGAUUAUAAGAAUAAAUACAUAAUAUUCGGCAUCUAUACGCAUUAUCUGUGCAAUAUUUUUAAACGCUAACGCAAUGCAACGCGAUGUUCAAUUAUCAACCUUCUGCCACUAUAAUACGGCACAUCUCGUUUAGUGUAGCAUUAAUUACCUGAUUGGGUAAGCCACUUUUCAACUCUAUGUCAUGUAGCAACUGUUUUUCAUACUGAAGUUUUGUGAUUAUGCUAGGCCCAGUGGCAGUUCAUUCAACUUACGAGAAGUAACUCUUCUGUCCAGCUUAAACAUUAUUGCAAUAUAGUAUACAUUAACAUCCCUUACGCGUGGCUUACUAGAAGUUGAUUUGUGGCUCACUCAGUCAGUCGCUGUCUGUGACUAUAUUUGAGAAGUGUCUGUAAAGUUGGCAGUAGAUUAAUUUGUCCCGUUAGUUCUAAUCCGUUGAAGCGAGAGUUUUCCUAUUGACUGAAGAGUCAAUGUUGACAUUAGGUUUCGUUAUGUUUGUGUAACUUAUGUUUAAUAUAAAAUAAUAAAGUUAUUAAAAAUUGUA